GGUGAGGCUCCUCGCCCUCGGCUUCUGCCUGUCGUCCCAAGAUGGCGGACACAAUGAGCCGGCGCGGCGCCGGUUGGCCCUGAGGUGACUGUGAGGAGGAACGGUCCGCGAGCCCUCGCAGUCCAGGCAGAAGAGCGUCGCACGUGCAGGAGGAACAAGGGAGGAGGUGGCCCGACUGUCGGCCGCCUUUGCCCUCGCCGCCGGCGCGGUGCCCGCCCCGCCCGGGUCGGCCCCUCGGCAGCCAGCCCGCCCGCCCGCUCGCUCGCCGCCGGGCCCCGCCCCAGCCCUGCGCCGCCGCCGCCGCUUCCAGCAGCCGCCGCCAUGAAGCUGACCGACAGCGUGCUGCGGAGUUUCCGCGUCGCCAAGGUGUUCCGCGAGAACUCGGACAAGAUUAACUGCUUCGACUUCAGCCCCAACGGCGAGACGGUCAUCUCGAGCAGCGACGACGACUCCAUCGUGCUCUAUGACUGCCAGGAGGGCAAACCAAAGAGAACUCUGUACAGUAAGAAAUACGGCGUGGACCUCAUCAGAUAUACCCAUGCAGCAAACACAGUCGUGUACAGCUCUAACAAAAUAGACGAUACUAUUCGUUACCUGUCCUUGCAUGACAACAAAUACAUCAGAUACUUUCCUGGACAUAGCAAAAGGGUGGUGGCCUUGUCCAUGUCACCUGUGGAUGACACUUUCAUUUCUGGGUCUCUUGAUAAGACCAUUCGACUCUGGGAUCUCCGGUCUCCUAACUGCCAGGGUCUCAUGCAUCUACAAGGCAAACCUGUUUGUUCCUUUGAUCCAGAAGGGUUAAUUUUUGCUGCAGGUGUCAAUUCUGAAAUGGUCAAACUUUAUGACCUUCGCUCUUUUGAUAAGGGGCCAUUUGCGACUUUUAAGAUGCAGUACGAUCGGACUUGUGAGUGGACAGGACUCAAGUUCAGCAAUGAUGGUAAACUCAUCCUCAUCUCCACCAAUGGCAGCUUCAUCCGUCUCAUCGACGCAUUCAAGGGAGUGGUGAUGCACACCUUUGGGGGUUAUGCCAACAGCAAAGCUGUUACUCUGGAGGCCUCGUUUACUCCAGACUCCCAGUUUAUUAUGAUCGGUUCAGAGGAUGGCAAGAUCCAUGUGUGGAAUGGAGAGAGUGGUAUAAAAGUAGCUGUGUUGGAUGGCAAACACACAGGCCCCAUUACCUGUUUGCAGUUCAACCCCAAGUUCAUGACCUUUGCCAGUGCAUGUUCCAACAUGGCCUUCUGGUUGCCCACCAUUGAUGACUGACCUAGGUGCUGCUUGGCUGUUUGUGUACAGUGAGGGUGGCCAACAGGAAAGAACUCAGAGGGGAUUGAGAUAAUGAAUUGGAUCAUAUGACUGGGCUGGAGAGCAUCCUUCCACAUGGCCUUCCCAUGGAUGUGCUGUACAUCUGCUCAAAAGAAAGUACUUUGCUGAGCUUCUUCAAAAAGACUCUUGGUGUGGCAGGUUCUAUCAGGACUUAGAUUUUCCAGCUGUCACUGCACUGAGCUCCUCCAAAGGAGUGACCAGAUUCAUGAUUAGGGUAUACUGAGGCCCUCAAGACGCCUUCAAUUUUGAAUGUAUUUGCUGCUGAAGAGCCGGUGAAGUUGUUAAUUCUGCACAUCCCUUUUCCCACCCCCAUAAAUGCAUGGGAAGCCACAGUUCUGGUUUUGAGAUGCUAAGGGCAGCUCAGCACCCCUUGCCCUCACCCUGCAUGUCUUGUUACUGGGUCUCCCUGUGUCAUUGUGGCAUUAUUCCACAACCAUCAUGUUACUUAGGUGCCAAA